AUGGUGCAACCAUCGUCGCGUCCUGCUCAACCUCAGCCUGCAGGGGCCCGUCGACCAGCCUCCACGCAAGCCGCAGUCGGACUGGACCCCAAGAAGCGACGCACAGACGGCAAUACUGCUGAUCCCGCUGCUCCAGCACAGAAGCCGCUGAAUCGCAAGCGUUUCCUGCGGUUCCUCAAGUCACAUGAGCUCAAGUUCGGAUUAGCACCAGUAGCUCGAGACGAAGCCACGGGUGAGGUGACGCUCGUCGUCUGUCGCUUCUGUCAGCAUUUCGGUCGUGAACAGCGGCCAGACAAGCAGCGUCGCUCCACAAAGAACAUCAAGUACUUCCGGAAUUCAUUUCGGACAGACCAGUACCAACAGCACCACGAACUGUCGCACUGCGAGACGUGGAAGAGGUACCAGGCCUGCUCGGAAGACGAGAAGAAAACUUUCUUCCCGUUACCUGAGAGAUCUACCUCAGAGACACAAGUGCCGGCUGUAAACCCGACCCAGAAACUCAAGGUGGAGUUGGCACCCGGCGAAGUUUGGGCACUAGAGCCCACACGGGAAGAAAGACAGCGGUGCUUUGAUAUAGCCCCAGCUAUUGUAGAGUUGGUGGCUGUGUUGGCUAUUGGGGCCACCGAGCCGACUGUGGAGAACACUAUUGAGAAGCAGAGCCACCGCCUAAUGGAACAUGUGCACGAACCGACAUCGACAACGGUGGCUAAAUGGAGUCCCCCGAGCAACACCUUCCAGUCAUGCAAUUUAGUAGGGACGGUGAUCGAUCCCCUAUACCGUGUUGUAGUGUACUCACGGUCACAAAUUGACUGCCUAGUGGAACUGGCGGCGGCGGGGUUGUCAUUUAGACAAAUUUCCAGUGCGUUGCGGUCAUUUCGGUCACACGCCUCGGUUUUGCUUCGUGAUGUUGUCAAUACCAAAAGAUCACAGUAUGAUAACGCUGGAGCUACCGCGGACAAGCAGGUUCAAGGUGCACAGAACACAAGUCCAGAGUACAGCGAGGAACAGACAGCGGAGCUUGUACGUCUGGUCAUCGCUGCGAACUUGAGUGUCACAUCACGACUGCUGCGUAGCUGCUGGGCCUUUUCGCUGGUGCUUCGAGCGUGCAUGGAACACGCACCGGUGCGAUCGUAUCUGGAGUUCCGCGUGAAGGUGUAUGGCGGGGGCGCCAUGCACAACGUUCAUCUUAUUUCUAUCCCAGCGUUUGAAGGCAAGUGCAAAACGAUGAUGUACUGUACACUAGAGCGGGUGAUGAAUGUGGUGCUGCCGAACUGGAGACAGCGACUUAUUGGCAUAGCUACGGACGGCGACGCCCAGAUGCCUGCUCGAGUAUUGGAUAUUAUUGCGCGUCUGCAACAAGAAGCAGCAACUCCUGUCGUGUACCGCUCAUCCAGCGGCUGUCAUCAACUAGACUGCAUUGUGUCGAACUUCUUCUCGUCCCUACAGGGUGGCUGCUUCUUGUUGGUGUUAAAGGAAUUAUCUGCUUAUAUUCGUCGACAACCUGAGCUGUUGGCGCGAAUGACACCCGCUCCUCGGUGUCCCAGAACUACCAGUAGUUCCAUCAGCUCUAAGGAGAAGUGGGUCGCGCUGGGGAAGGAGACGAACUGGAUCGCGACGCAUCGCGAGUUGAUCUGCCAUCACCUCGACACCGAGAAACCUCCGAGCGCUCCGGAUAGCUCUUGGUGGCUGUUUUUCGCAGCAGUGGACUGGGUCGCUACUCGUGCCAACGCAACAUUCGACAAACUUUUGCGUAACCACGCCACUAUUGCUGAUCAGAUUGCAGCGGUUGCUGGGUUGUCUACGGAAUGCGCUACUGCUUUCCAUGCUCUUGGUCCCUUAAACGACUCGCUCUUGCCUGCUGAUCUGACCAGCAGCAAAAUGUUCAAGUCACGCAAGGGUCGAUUUGCAUUGAGCAAACCAAACAUGGUGGCGUUUAUCAAGGAGAACGAUGUAGCAUCAAUCGAGAUCAUCAACAGCGUCGAAGCCCCCAUUGUUGACCUGGUCGCAGAAAACCUGGCACUUUGUGGCGUGAACAUGAUCGAGUCGCUACUGGAGCUCAGCAUUGCUCUAGGUGAUGAGCAGAGUCCUAGUUCCUCGAACAGAGGACCAAACACCCCGAAGCUGACGGAGUUCCUGCCACCGACGCUGCCACAUGAGUUGGCACAGCUUAGUGAACGUGAGUUUACGUCUCUAUUACAGACAUAUGGCCCCAUGGUGCGCGGUUUCUUGUCCGAAGAGGAUAUGGACAUGAUGAGCCAAGAGUUUCAAGGUCUGCGUCGUGGCGCUGUGCGUGAGUCGGUGCUUAGUGCAGCACUUGGAAACUGCAACGAGGAUACGCCGUUCGAAGAGGCUUGGGCUCUGACUGAGAACCGCUUUAAACUGCUCGAGUGCUUCGCUGGCGGAUUCGCUAGUAUAUUUUCCUGCGCUCCUAGUGCCAUUAGAGGCAGCACUAGCGACUUGGCACUCUGUCGAAGUGAAAUGGACACUGCACGAGUGCUACUCGCCGACUUCGCGUUAGAAGGGUCUCUACAUGCCCAGCAGUUCCCAGCGUUGAUGGCGUUGAACGAGAAGCUAGAAACUGAGGCUAGUCGAAAUGAUGCAGCCUCUAUGAAGGUAGUGUGA